AGUGAAGGAAGAGGCGACACAUUCUCUCUUUGACUCUCCAUAGGAGCAGAAGAUCACCAACCCUUCCUUCUAAGAUGGCUUUCGCAGGAACCUAUGAGCUUCAGUCCCAGGAGAACUUCGAGCCUUUCAUGAAAGCCAUUGGUCUUCCUGAAGAGUUGAUCCAGAAAGGAAAAGAUGCGAAGAGCGUGACAGAAAUUAAGCAGACCGGGAAUAACUUUGAGAUCACAGUGACCACAGGACCCAAAGUCCUACAUAAUGUGUUCACUAUUGGAGAGGAGACCGAUGUAGAAACACUGACAGAAGAGAAGGUUAAGUCUACCUUUCAUCUAGAGGAUGGCAAGCUUGUUGUGAAACUGAAAGGAGUGACCUCCACCAGCGAAAUUUCUGGCGAUCUUCUAACCAAUAUUAUGACUGUAAAAGACAUCGUCUACAAGAGGGUCAGCAAGAGAGUCUCCUAGAAGGGCCAACGUUUCUUAUUUUUACUGUGUAAAAUAAAGAGUUCUAAAAAAUAACUGCUUUGGUCUAAAUUGCAAGAAAAUUCCAAACUCUUUUGGGUAGAAUAGGGGAAUGGAAUUUAUUGCAGUUUCAUCUUGUGGGAGAGUUUCCUCAAACUCUGUCUGGCCUGUAAGUGGUUUUUCUUGUAUGUAUGCCAGCUAUAGUUCACCUCUAAAUUGAUAGAGAAAUAUAAAUAAAAUGCAUUAUUAUACUGAG